UGUAGGAAAUUUAUAGAGGCCACGAACUAUGGGGAUACAGUAUAUCUGAAAGUCGAUCAGUCCUGAUGCCCAAAAAUGUCAGAACAGUACAGAUAUCCCCCCAAAUGUCAGAACAGUACAGAUAUCCCCAAAUGUCAGGACAGUACAGAUAUCCCCCAAAUGUCAGAACAGUACAGAUAUCCCCCAAAUGUCAGAACAGUACAGAUAUCCCCCAAAUGUCAGGACAGUACAGAUAUCCCCCAAAUGUCAGAACAGUACAGAUAUCCCCCCAAAUGUCAGAACAGUACAGAUAUCCCCCAAAUGUCAGGACAGUACAGAUAUCCCCCAAAUGUCAGGACAGUACAGAUAUCCCCCAAAUGUCAGGACAGGACAGAUAUCCCCCAAAUGUCAGAACAGGACAGAUAUCCCCCAAAUGUCAGGACAGUACAGAUAUCCCCCAAAUGUCA